AUGGGGAGCCGCCGCAUGGAUCAUGGAGCUGCUGCUGCUGCUGUGGCUGCUGCUGCUGCUGCUGCUGCUGCUGGCCACCCUUCUGGCCAGAUCCACCCCCACUCCCACCUCCACCGCCACUGCCGCUGCCUCCUCCCCCACCACCGCCGCCGCCGCCUCCACCGCCCCCGGUCCUGCCGCCACCCCACCCACCGCCUCCACCCCCACGGCCACCCCCACCACCUCCACCACCCCCGCCGCCUCCACCACCGCUCCCUCCACCGCCACCUCCGCCACCCCUGCCACCCUUGCCGCCCCUGCCACCACCACGCUUCCCACCAGGAGCGGAAGCCGCUGCGACCUUCUCCGCACCGAGGAAGUCGACAGCAGUAG